AUGGCUAAAUCUGUGGUGGAGUUUAAAAAAAGCUGCUCAAAUCCCAACCCCUUCCCAGCCCGCUCCAGUCCGUCCAGUAACACCUGCCUAGUCCAGUCCCGCUUAAACCUCUCCGUGCACUCGGACGUUGUAGAGGCAGGUCACUUGUAUCACAAAGCGGACCAGGACUUGUACUCUGGUCUGCUUUAUAAGGAGGGUAAUCAAGGACCAAACUACGCCAGCCUGGAGAACGGGGCCAAUUUCAUCAUCAGUCAGACUUUCAGUACAUGUCAGAGUCCAACCUGGAGAGAAUGGGCCAGAACUUGGUUUUUUCUAAGACAACACCACAUAUUACAGUCUUGCUCCCCGCUACGCCCCGGUGUGUGCUGGCCGAUGGCGGGGGACAAGGGUUAUGUGACCAUCCAGCCCUCCCAGGGCAUCAGAGUCCGGCAUGUCACCAUCGGUCACAUCCGGAAGAUUCAAUCCCCGACCAAAGACACUCCCAGCGCUCCCAGAGACAUGGCUCUAUAUGGACUGAAGUGGGAGGACAGCAAAGAGGAGUUUCUGGGCUCUUUCAUUUAUGAUCAGAACGGACUAUCAUUCCAAACCUUUGGCCUUCAACACACAGACCCUGAGACUGUCCAACAAGGCCGCCGCCACAUUGACAGUAACUAUGGUAACAAGGACUUCACCUCCCUCUACAAGGGCCUGAAGUGGGAGGACAGCGAAGAGGAGUUUCUGGGCUCUUUCAUUUAUGACCAGAACGGACUAUCAUUCCAAACCUUUGGCCUUCAACACACAGACCCCGAGACUGUCCAACAAGUCCGCCUCCACAUCAACAAUCUGAGGAGAAGCGGACGUCUCCAACAGCAGGGUUAUUACAGCAGCGAGGGCCACCCUUCCAUCUGCUACAAAGAAACACCCUACAAGUAA